AUGUCUGAAACUACUCCAAACGUCCAUAAAGACUCCACUGCUACUAAUGAUGGACUGGCCUUACUUGCACCUGAUGUUCCCCCUCCGUCCAGAGCCGCAGCUUCUACAGGGAAGGAUGGGAAUGAGGGCACUUAUGGCCUUACCUCGAAAUGGCCAUUGGCCCACGACCUAGCAGGAUCCAGUCUUCCGUGUCGCCUUGAGGGUGAAAUUGGUGACUUGGUGGUGUUGGGAGAAAUCCCCAAAGAGAUCGACGGUACUUUCUAUCGUGUCAUGUGUGACCCAUUUGUCCCUCCUUGUCCAAAUAAUGUGCCAAUCGAUGGGGACGGCAAUAUUUCCGCUUUCCGCUUCUAUCAUGGUAGGGUGGACAUGAAAAUGCGCUACGUCGAGACUGAACGCUACAAGCUAGAACGAAAGGCGAACAAGGCUCUUUUUGGGCUCUAUCGGAACCCUUUCACUCACCAUCCGUGUGUCCGCGCCGCCGUUGACUCCACGGCAAACACAAAUCUGGUGUUCUGGGCGGAUAAAUUGCUUGCCUUGAAAGAGGUGGCUCUACCCUACGCCGUUGAUCCAGACACCUUGGAAACGGUCGGAUAUGAUCCCUUCCAGGGGCAGGUGAAGUCCAAGACUUUUACAGCGCACCCAAAAAUCGACCCUUUCGCAGAUGAACUGGUAGCUUUUGGCUACGAGGCCAAAGGCCUUGCAACUCUUGACGUCGUGACGUAUGCUUUAGACAGGCAAGGAAAAAAGACAACAGAGUUUUGGCUCAAGGCGCCGUGGUGUGCAUUUAUCCAUGACUGCGCCAUUACUCCUAACUUCAACGUCCUUUUCCUCUGGCCAUUUGAGGCCAACGAAGCGCGAAUGAAGGCCGGAAAGCAGCACUGGGCAUGGAAUUAUGAUUUGCCCGCGACUUUCAUUGUUGUCCCAAGACGAGAAGGUGCCGCUUCGAAGUAUGGCUGGAAGCCCGAGGAAUACCGCGUUUAUUCGUGGAAAAACUGUAUGGCUAUCCACACAGCCGCUGCCUGGGAAUCCGACGAUGGCAAAAUCUACGUCGAAAGCUCCAGAGUACAUGACAAUGCCUUUCCUUUCUUCCCUCCCAUCAAUGGCAGAAUGCCUUCCCCAGAAACAAAGGCCGACUUCGUCCGUUGGGAGCUUGACCUAUCGCAGCCGACUAGCGCCAAGAUUCCCGAUCCUCUUGUCGUCCUCGACCUACCCUCUGAAUUUCCAAGGAUUGACGAACGUUUCAUGACCAAGAAGUACGAGUGGCUUUUUCUCAAUGUCUUCAUCCCUGAGGGAAUGGACGGAAGCAAGAAUAUUUUCCAUGGUCUUAACGGUCUGGCUAUGCAUAACAACAAAACUGGCAAGACCAGGUAUUUCUGUGCUGGGGACGAUUCCCUGUGUCAAGAACCCAUUUUCAUACCUCGGUCCACCGAUGCGCCAGAGGGUGACGGUUGGGUCAUGACACUCAUUGAGAGACGUGCAGCUGGGAGGUGUGAUGUAGCCAUAAUUGACACCGGAGACUUCGAAACACCUGUGGCGAUUGUUCAGCUACCAUUUCAUGUCAAAGCCCAGAUCCAUGGAAAUUGGGUACCAGCCGCUGCUUUCAAGUCCCGAAAGAGACUUGUGCGGGAGGUUGGCGAGUUCAAAAUCAGUGGCAAGGGUGCUUUAGAGCCCCUUUGA